AUGACUAUAAUGGAUAAAACCAAACCUUUCUAUCAUGAAGAAGAAGGAGAAGACGUCAAAGGUUUUUUGCUUGAUUAUGAUGCUUACGCUACGUCCAAGGAUUGGAAUGAUGAUUGUAAGAGACAAGUAUUAGGCCUAUUCGUAGAUGACCAUUUAAGGCUAUGGAUAAGGAGCCUAAUCAAGAGCAAGACUACCUGGGCAGAUUUAAAGAAGGGCAUUAUUGAUACAACAUCUGCUACCUAUAACAUUGAUAAAAAGAUAAAACGGUUAAUGAACAUAAAGCAAAUAAAAAAUGAGUCUGGAGCAUUUAAGGAAAAGGUGGAGGAAAAAUAUACAGAGACAUUUAAUAAAGUGAAAGAGGGUUUGCAGAUUGAAAUGUAUAAUAAGAAUAUUGAGUAUGAUGUGAAGAAAGCUACCAAAAUAUUGUUACAAAAAACACCCCAAUCAAAUAAAGAGGAUGCUAAAAUGACUCAACUAACUGAAGUAUUCGAAAAUCUCAAAUUGCGCCAUGUGAUGAAUAGUUCAUCAAAUGAAAUUGAAGAAGUUAAAAACAUAGUGAACAAACUCAUCAAGACUGUGAACGAUGUGACAAGAAGAUUGAAGUCACAGAGAAAGUCUGAAUCUCGUAAAUGUUUUAUGUAUCAAGAAGUUGGUCACAUUUUGCGUAAUUGUCCUAAUAAGCAAAGAAGAAGGGGUAAGUUAAGCAAAGGAAAAGGAGCAGAGCAAACGGUUGAAAAAACAGAUGUACAAUUUUCUGAAUAUGUAAAUAAUCAAGAAAACCGUCCUGCAAGAAAAAUCAUAGAAGAAAAAGGUUCAACUGCCAAGAAUUGUUUAAAAAUUGAGGUUGA